CGUUUCAUCGCACUGACGACUCAACGGGCUUGAAAAUCCCUUCAUAUCGACAGGACAUUAGAAAAGUGAGAACUUGGAGAUACUUGCUUCGUUAAUGUGGAAAAUGAAGAGCAUUUGGAUCUUUUUGUGCGCAGUUUGCAUUUGGUCCCCAGUUCAAGGGACAUUUCGACCUUCCACUCCCUGUCAAUGUAAUGGUAAAGCACACUACUGCAAAUUGGAUAAUCUGGGACUGCACUGUGUAAACUGCCAGGGGAACUCAGAAGGGCGGCAAUGUGAAAGCUGCAAGGAAGGAUAUUACCACCAGAGGACAGGAGACAGCUGUUUGCCCUGCAACUGCAACACUGCAGGUUCCCAAGGACCAGCCUGCAACAAUGAGGGACGGUGUGUGUGCAAACAGGGAAUUCAUGGGGACAAGUGUGACCGCUGUCAUGAUGGGUCUCCAGUCGCUGUAAAUGGGUGUGAGCCUUUGAGGCUUAGCUGUCGGUCACGUAAGAAUGGCCAGCUCACAUAUAACACAGAGGAAUGCUUGCCCUGCUUUUGUAACGGACAUUCAGAUGUGUGCUCCUCAGCUGAGGGAUACUCCAUUCACAAUAUCACUUCAACUUUUGAACAUGGACCCGAGGGUUGGCGAGCUGCCACUGCUCAGGGUGUGAGUACCUCACAAGUGCACUUCAGGUGGUCUCCCACUCACAAAGACCUUGAGGUUAUCUCUAAGGAGAUCUUUCCUAUUUAUCUGUUUGCUCCAGCAUCAUACCUGGGGAAUCAGGUUCUGAGCUACGGUCAGACACUGACCUUCUCUCUGCGUCUGGACAGAGGUAUCCGUCGUCCCUCCACCUAUGAUGUUAUACUAGAAGGAGCCGGUCUUAAGGUGACUGCUUCAUUAGGGGACUUGAGAAUUGUGGUACCCUGUGGCAAGAAAAUCACUUACACUUUCAGAUUGGAUGAACAACCUGGCAGCAAAUGGAGACCACAGCUCUCAUCCACAGAAUUCCAAACUCUUCUGAGCAAUCUUACAGCCAUUAAAAUCAGGGGAACAUUUGGUGAAAAUGGACGUGGCUACCUGGACGACGUCUCCCUGGUGUCAGCUAAACCUGGCCCUGGCACCCCUGCAGUCUGGGUGGAGAAGUGCAGCUGCUCUGUCGGUUAUGAUGGAAUGUUCUGUGAGCGCUGUGCCACAGGAUACAAGAGGCGUUUCCCCGGCCAAGGCCCCCGAAGCCCCUGUGAUCUAUGUUCCUGUCAGGGUGGAACCUGUGAUCCAGAAACAGGAGGAUGCUAUUCUGCUGAUGAGAUACCAAACCUGCAGAUGUGCCCUAAAGGUUAUUAUAUCAACCGCCAGCAGUCUAACUCCUGCCAGAAGUGCCCUUGUCUCGAAGGUGAGGCUUGCUAUGUCAUUCCUGGAACUCAGCAAGUGACGUGUGUCCGUUGUCCUCGAGGGACUACAGGCUCUCGUUGUGAAAUCUGUGAUGAGGGUUUCUAUGGUGACCCCCUGGGAGAGUACGGCCCUCCCAAACAGUGCCAGCCUUGCCAGUGUAAUGGCCACGUGGAUCAUAACUCUAUAGGCAACUGUGACCACCGAACAGGAGAGUGUCGGAAGUGUUUGAAUCACAGUUCUGGCCCCAAGUGUGAGAACUGUGUAGAGGGAUACUACCACCGUUACCCCACAGAGCCAUGCCAGGCUUGUAAAUGCAACCGACAGGGCUCUGUGUCAAAUUCAUGCAGCGAUAAAGGCCAUUGUAAGUGCAAGGAAGGCUAUGAGGGUCUGAAGUGUGACAGAUCAACAUGUCCAUCCUGCUUCAAUCCAGUCAAAAGCAAGAUCGAGACUUAUGCACAUCAGCUGCAGGAAAUGGAGGAUUUAUUUAAAGGAACUGGAAGUGGUGAUGUUUCAAUCAACAAUUCUGAGAUGGAACGAGCUGUUAGGGCUGCAGAGGUCAUGUUGCAAGCAAUGGAGACCAGAGCAAAUGAACUUAUAAAUACAGAGAAAGAGCUUCAGAAUAAGCUGGCAAGAAUUAGCCAAACCCAGCUGAGAGAGGACAGAACCAUGGAGGCUUUGUUGAAAACAGUGGAUGGUAUUAGAAGCAAGGAUCAGCAGUAUAAGAUAGAAGUUUCUGAGAUCCAGAAACUAAUCAGUGACAUCAGGUUACAACUGCAACAGGCCAAACGAGACAUCCAGCAGGCUGAGUUUCCCUCAGGCGAUGCAGAGGCUGGCACUGAUACCUUGUCUUAUUUGGUUCAGAGAGCUGCUGAUCUUGCCGAGCAGCACCAAGGUGAGGCAGUGACGGUGGAGACCAUCGCAGCCAGUUCUCUUUCAGAGUCUGAGAAAGCCCUAGACCUCAUACGCAGUGUAAUUGGCAGAGAAAAUAAGGUCAAAGACAAUCUCAGGGACCUCAAGAAACAGUAUGAAGCAGAUGUAACUAAAGUGAGUGACAUGGACAGAAAGGCCAUUCAACUGAAUAAUGCAGCUGAAAAGGAGAGCAGACUGGCUCAGAACACUCUGAAAAAGUUAUCUGAACUGGAGAAGAAGCUUCCAAAGCCUUUGAAGAAGGACAUUGCUGGUGUGGUUUCCAGGUUUGAUCAGCUCAAGGAUAUGGUGGAGGGGAAUUUAACAGCAUAUCAGGACUUUCAGAAAUACACGCUCACUGUACAGAAAGAGGCAGCUGAUCUGUUCAACCAGACCAAGUAUUUCCAACAGGUUCAAGACGAGCUUCUUGCCAGGGCAAAUGCUGCUGAAGCCCUCAAAAAUACAUCUCUGGACAUCUAUGCAAACAACAUAGAUAGCUUGGAAAAGACACUUGAGAAACUCAAAGGAUUUGAUGACCAGGUCAAUAGUAAUAAGGAUCUGGCAGAUGAUGCCAUUAGAAAACUGCCUGCUAUCAACACUACUAUUCAGAAAGCUAUAGCUGACAACACAAAGACUCAGGACAUUCUGGAUGCAAUGUCUGGUCACUACAGAGAUGCUCAGGGUACUAUCGAUGAUCUUACAAAUACUGCAACCAAAUUGGAGGGAAUGUCCGGCUCCCUUCCAUCCUCUUCCGAUGUUUUGGAAACUGCCACUAAACUGAAAGUGGACUUGGAUGGACUGAAGAUGGAGGCUUCUUUAACUAGGGACAGACUGAAUGAAGAGAAAAACAAUGCAAAGAUACAGAUAACUCAAGCAAAACAAGCUGUCAUGGAUACCACGGGAGCACUUGACAAUGCAAAGAAUGCCAGGGGUGCUGUUAGUGACACUUUAAAAACAAUUCAUGAUAUUAUGGGUUCAAUGGGAUCACCUGGCAUGGUUGAUGAAAAACGAGUGACUGACCUAGAAAGUGCUGUAGCUAGAAGCCGCAGUCAUGUGGAGAAGGAACUGAGGCCCAGACUUAAGGAGCUGGAGGAGAAGGAAGCCCAACAGAGAGCCACCAUUGCAAACAUGAUCAGUGACAUUGACACCAUCCUGGCUGACAUUGCCAACUUAGAGGAGAUCCGUAAAAGCAUUCCUGAGGGAUGUUAUAACAUACCACCUAUUGAAAGGCCUUAAUGGCUUACUGUAAUGCAGGACCAAAGCACAAUGUUAUGCAGUUUAAACUAUGAACUUGUACUGACACUAGUGUACUUUUAUAGUAGUGUUGUUGUUGUUUUUUCGCCCAUAAGAGAUUUUUUACUGAUGUGUAUGACAAUUUUUUUUAGUAUUUAUUUGUUCACUUGUGUAGAAAUGUUUUUUAUUAUUAUUAUUCAAAAAAGAUUACUGUGAAGUUUAAAUGAUGUAAAUGAGAUUACCGUUUUGCUCGAUUCCCAAAGAUAUUUCCAUUUGGGUAAUUAAUAUAAAAUAUAUAACAUAUGUACUGUAAUUUGAUUGUUCUAAAUAAGAAGUUACAUCCAGUUACUUGUUUCAAGUCAAAAAGAAAUGCACAACUAACAAUUUUCUUUUGUAUUGUUUUGUUCAAUUCAGUAUUGUCAUAAGUGCAUGAAUUGUCAUGGCAGCAUACUGUUUCAGUGUUUGAAUGCUUGAGUAGCCACUAUAAAGUAGAAAUAUACUUUUGUAUAAAUACACUGAUCAGCCACAACAUUAAAACCACAGACAGGUGAAAUGAAUAACAUCGAUUAUCUCAUUACGAUGGCACCUGUCAUGGGGUGGGAUAUACUGUAUUUGGUGAACAAUCAGCUCUUGAAUUUCAUGUGUUUGAAGCAGGAAAAUUGGGCAAGCGUUAAGGAUCUGAGCGACUUUGACAAGGGCCAAAUUGUGAUGGCUAGAUGUUUGGGUCAGAGCAUCUCCAAAACGGCAGGUCUUGUGGGGUGUUCCCAGUAUACUGUGGUUAGUACCUACCAAAAGUGGUCCAAGGAAGGACAACCGGUGAACCGGUGACAGGGUCAUGGGCGCCCAAGGCUCACUGAUGCGUGUGGGGAAUGAAGGCUAGCCCGUCUGGUCCGAUCCCACAGAAGAGCUACUGUAGUACAAAUUGCUGAAAAACUUAAUGCUGGCCAUGAUAGAAAGGUGUCAGAACACACAGUGCAUCGCAGCUUACUGCGUAUGGGGCUGCGUAGCUGCAGACCGGUCAGAGUGCCCAUGCUGAAAGCACCUACAAAUGGGCACAUGAGCAUCAGAACUGGAACGUGGAGCAAUGGAAGAAGGUGGCCUGGUCUGAUGAAUCACGUUUUCUUUUAGAUCAUGUGGAUGGCUGGGUGCAUGUUCGUCAUUUACCUGGGGAAGAAAUGGCAGCAGGAUGCUCUAUGGGAAGAAGGCAGGCCAGCGAAGGCAGUGUGAUGCUCUGGGCAAUGUUCUGCUGGGAAACCUUGGGUCCUGGCAUUCAUGUGGAUGUUACUUUGGCACAUAGCCUACCACCUACCUAAAGAUUGCUGCAGACCACUUGCACCUCUUCAUGGCAACGGUAUUCCCUGAUGUCAGUGGCCUCUUUCAGCAGGCUUAUGCGCCCUUGUUCAAGAAUGGUUUGAGGAACAUGACAAAGAGUUCAAGGUGUUGACUUGGCCUCCAAAAUCCCCAGAUCUCAAUCCGAUUGAGCGUCUAUGGGAUGUGCUGGACCAACAAGUCCGAUCCAUGGAGGCUCAACCUCACAACUUACAGGACUUAAAUGAUACCUUCAGAGGUCAUGUGGAGUCCAUGCCUCGACGGGUCAGAGCUGUUUUAGUGGCAUGAGGGGGACCUACACAAUAAUAGACAGGUGGUUUUAAUGUUGUGGCUGAUCGGUGUAUAUUAAUAUAACAGAUUAUGCAUGCACACUUAAUGUUUUGUUUUUGUUUUUUUACUAUGAGACAACUACUUUAAAAUAAAUAAAUAAUGAGAAAAAUAAAACAUUUUGAGGAACUAAAAUUAAGAUCUAUAGUUAUGGCAUCUUAAUGUACACAAUGAAGUUAAAAUUAUUUAAUCUCAAUAAUAUAAAUACAAUAUCAAAUCAAAAAUAUUAAUUUUGUUGCUCAUAAUAAUGAAUGAAGGCAUGGAGCAGGGAAGCAAUAAAGAUUGUA